GGGGGUAAAUAUCGCGAGAUUAGCACAGAACGCACUCUCCUCUUUCCGCUGUGAAGCGUUCCCGCCAUCAUCGCACGUCGCUGCGAGGCGUCAACAACAAACACAGCGGAGAGCUGGGCGACGAAUGCCGGCAGAGCUGAGUUUCUGCCCCCCCGGAGAAACACCAGGAGAAGUCGUACCGCAUGCUACACGCUUGAAGGAUUUGAUUGCCAAAUCCAAGUUCACGGCGUGUACCGUCAGGACCUUAAGCCAUGGCAACCUUAGUGCCCAAAAUCUCCAGUGGUGGCGUUGUCAAUAUUCGCAUAAACAACCUUGACCUGGGGGCUACCAGAUGGAAACAAGGGAGUUUUGAGAUUUUAGAGAAGGACAACAAAGUUAACCUGUGUCUGAGAUUCAGCAGUGGUGGAGCUCCCAAAACGUUUCAGCUGAACCAGAAUGUGAAAACCUUCACCCAAAAGUCCAGCUUCAUUCGGCUGGUCCUGAAYGACAACAGCAUCAUCACCCUGGAUAAAAUGCCCCUGGCUGUGGCUGAGAGGACGAAGGAGUGCCUGGAGAAACUCAAGCAGGGAAAGUUUGUUUUGAAGUCCUCCCACGGAAGUGCAAACUUUGGAGUUCUUGCAAACCGCUCCAUGAAAAACGAGAAGAGCCCAUCGGGCGAUAAACAGACGACCUUGAGGCGUCACAGUGCAGAGGGUCGGGAGGACACGACCCCACGUAAACCUCUGAGCAGCCCCAGCAGAGCGGCCUCCACCCCCACCCGCAGCGGGCUGUCUGAGAACAGGGCUGAGAAGAGGAAGAGGCUGCUCAACUCUGAAAGUGACUUAACCGAGGAUUACCCCAAAGAAAACGAUUCAUCCAGCUCCUCUGGGUUCGACUCCACUUCAGCCCACGUCGUUUUACGGGAGCCGAUCUGCAACUAAAGACUACGGCCAGAGUCACUCCUUCCUGGACCGGCCUUCCAGCACUUCUCAGACCACCACAGCCAAGAGGAGCCURGUGCUGCCCAACCACUCCACCCCCUUCAAGAAAGUCCGACCCUCCCUGGACUACAGCGGCUGGAACAAGCAGAGACCCUCGACUCUGACCCAGCCACAGCCCCCACUGCAAGGGUUUUCUAAUCUGGGCAACACAUGCUACAUGAACGCAAUCCUUCAGUCCCUCUUCAGCCUGCCUUCCUUCUCCAUCGACAUGCUGAAGCAGAGCAUCCCCUGGAGGAAGGUGCCCACCAACGCAUUGCUCAGGAGGUUUGCUCACCUCAUGCUUAAGAAGGAUGUGAGCUGUCCAGAGACAAAGAAGGACCUGCUGAGGAAAGUGAAGAACGCCAUCUCCUCCACAGCUGAGCGUUUCUCUGGGAACGUGCAGAAUGAUGCUCAUGAGUUCUUGAGUCAGUGUUUGGACCAGCUGAAGGACGACGUAGAGAAAAUGAACAAAGCCCUGACCAAUGACGCCGCCGCCUCCUCUUCGUCCUCGGCGGUUUGUGAGAACGGGUCAGAGGUCAAGGUAGAACCCGGAGACGGGGCCGACACCUCCCGUGUCUACACCUGCCCCGUGGUGGUCAACAUGGAGUUUGAGGUGCAGCACACGAUCACCUGCAAAUGCUGUGGGGAGGUGGUGACCAAACGUGAGCAGUUCAACGACUUGUCCAUCGAUCUGCCUCGCAGAAAGAAAACCCUCCCACUUCGCUCCAUCCAGGACUCCCUGGAUCUGUUUUUCAGGAUGGAGGAAAUUGAAUACUCUUGUGAAAAGUGCAAUGGAAAAUCAGCAACUGUUACACAUAAAUUCAGCAAACUGCCCAGAGUUCUCAUCCUUCACCUGAAACGAUACAGCUUUAACGCUCAGCUGUCCCUGAACAGCAAGCUGGGCCAGCAGGUCCUGAUCCCACGAUACCUGACCCUGCUGUCCCACUGCACCGAGUCCACCAGAGCCCCCACCAGCCUCGGCUGGACCACCCAAACCUCCACGUUGAAAACGCUCAAAGCUUCACAGUCGCUCAACUUCUCCACGGCACUUUGUCGGAGGAGUGGAGGAAAAGCAGCCAACUCCAGCUGCAGCUCCACCCUCCUGGACUCUGACUGUGAGGAGGAGCCCAGCAGGAGGGUUCACGCCAGCCGCAAGCGCCGCCUCAGCAUCUGUCUGCCCGAAGAGGACGACCGUCCAGAGGAGAAGGGAGCGACGUUGGAUCCGUCAGAGUUCAGCGGGAUAAACGACGAUGAAAUGAUGGCGGCGGUGUUGGAGAUGAGCCGACAGGAGGCGGGGCUCUCUGCCCCGCCUCCUCUGGAGGACCGGCCAACCAGCAGCCCCGACACCGGGUUUGGGGACUCGGACGUCCAGGACCCGGACAGUCACACGGAUCUGCUGGACACAGAGAAGCAACCUGCAGAUGCUCUGGAUUCCCUGGACCUGACCAUGGAUGAGAACAAGGAGAACCAGACCCCGGAGGGAGUGCAGCAGCAGGGGGAGUUGGACUGGGUCCAGCAGUACAAUCUGGACCAAGAGCGGGAGGAGCAGGAGCUCCAGCAGGCCUUGGCCCAGAGCCUCCAGGAACACGAAGCCCAAGAGAUGAGAGAAGACGAUGAUCUGAAGAGAGCCACUGAGCUCAGCUUGCAAGAGUUCAACAACUCUCUGCCCGAGCUGCUCUGCUCGGACGACGACUCUGGAAACGAGGARGUUCUGGACAUGGAGUACACUGAAGCAGAGGCAGAGAGUCUGAAGAGAAACGCUGAGAGCGGAGACCUGGCCAACUCUUACAGACUCAUCAGUGUGGUCAGUCACAUCGGGAGCAGCUCCUCCUCAGGUCAUUACAUCAGCGACGUGUUCGACAUGAAAAAACAGUCGUGGCUGACCUACAACGACCUGGACGUGUCGCGCACGCAGGAAGCAGCCGUGCAGCGAGACCGCGACCGCAGCGGAUACAUCUUCUUCUACAUGCACAGAGACGUGUUCGAGCAGCUGUCUGACAUGGAGAGAUCAGGAUCCAGCAGCUCCUCGGAGGCAGGAAGGAACGUCCUGCAGCCCCUCUGAGCCCCCCACUCACAACCCUCUUGGAUCCAGUUCUGGUCCUGGGUAGAUGAAUUUAUCCUGUGAACUGUCUGUUCUGCUGGUUGUUGUUUUUUUUGACGGCUCUUCUUCAACUCUCUAAGGUGGUUAAAGACUCCAGUUUUGCCUCCACGUUUCCAAGACCUGACUCUUUUUUUUUUUCAAUAUAUAAAUAUAUAUAAAGUUUUAUUUGUUUUGUAAAUACAUUUUUUUUAAUUUACAACUUUAAAACAAACUUUCUGCUACAAAUAAAAAAGGAAACACCAGAAAAGGCUGGUGUUGUGCAGACCUGUUAGUUCUCGUCUGAAUAAUGAAASCUGUCGGAGUAAAAGCUGUUUUAGAGCUAGAGGCUUGUUGUGUUAACGGCUACUUUUGGUGCAAUAUUUAGGUUGUGGCACAAACAAAGAGUUCUGAUCAGUUUCUCUUACUGUGAGUAAUUUCCCAGUGGAUUUUUUGUGCUCAGUUUAAAUUGUGUGUGCAUUUUGUUAUUAUUAUUAUUAUUUUCAUAUUUUAAGAUCUGAUGGAAGAUGUUUGAGUUGCAGAACUUUUGUUGGGGUUUUGACCUUGUGCCUCCUAAGAACACUUUUAUAAAUACAUCGUGGACAAGCUUUACUUUGAAGGGUCUCAUUGUUUAAGUCAGACGUUAAAUAUAUAUCUAUAUAUAUACAAAGCCAACAGAUUUUAUAGUAUUUGCAGAAGAGGGUGGAUUUGUUUAAAUUAGCCACAAAGUAAAUCCUAAAUAUCACCAGAAAAACUAUUUAUGUAAGAGGAUUUAUGUUCCCAGUGUUCACCAUCAGACACAUCCAGUUAAAAACAGAGAAAAGGUGAGUUUUCUUGCUUUGGUUCCAGUUCUGUCACCUUUUUAUGUUACUGUAAAAAUGAAAUCCCACUGACACCAUCCUUUAUUCCUCAUUGAGAUAAUUUAAUCAGAUUGACAUAAUUUAGCAUAAAUAACUAUUUAAAUGACAGGCCUGUGUGGGUGGAUAUUAAAGAGGUGCGCACUUUUUAUUAGCUGACGUCUACGGCGGUUAAGUUACUGAUAAACCAUUUGUUUUUAAAGCUGCUCUGUCCCGAGUGCUGUGUAAAGAGGGUCUGUGGGUUUGUUGCUGUGUGCGUGAACAGCUUUUUCUACCCUUCAUACACAACUGAUUCUUCCUAUAGCAGAUUUUAAUAAAAAUUGAAGUGAAAGA